AUGGAUAGCGUGGACGACGAAGCACGGAAGGCUCUUCAUUCACUACUUAAUCGAAAGGAUCUCAAAAGCACACAUAUCACCGUGGUGGAAGUAUCAGCACUGAUGAACGUGAAUGUGGACGAGUUGUUUGUGGCGACAGCAUGUGCAGCGCUGCGUAGCAAGCUGCGGUUGAAAAUUCUGUCGUUUUCCGAUGCCCUGAAGAUCGUCACCGAACGGAAUAGGGAUGUUAGUAGGCUCAAUUAUUUUCCUCUUCGUUCCUUGCCGUCAUUCUGCCUCUCUUCUUCUUUUGUCCUCACUAUUGCCUCCGACACUUGUUUCUCACUAGUUAUCGGGAUUUUCAGACUCCGCGCUCUGUUACCGAACCUGCCACGGGUAUUCGCCACCCUUCUCGAUAAGUCUGAUGUGGCUCAUUUGAGUUGGACGGCGGCAAAUCACCUGAUCCAUUCUCAUCCCUUGUUUGACGAAUUCUUUCAGCCACUUGGACAACUUGGCAAACAGCUUGACCCGCUUCCAUCGGACUACGAGAGGCGAAUGUCACAAUCCACAGUUAUUGACCAUCGAAUACCGGCAGAAAUUCUCCUCCGCCACGAAGCGCGUCUGGCAUUUGAGGGAUACAAGCAACCCUGGAGACUGAGCAACGCAAAGAAACGCUGGAGGGGAGUUCGAAUGUUUGCUGUCUCUGACAAUACACAGGUACACUGGCAAGCCAUCUCAGAGAUGUCAGCAUAUUUUCUGCAGGUGAGCUGGGGAGAAAUAGGGCCGAGAUCGAGUUUCGUGAAUGUCUUCUGGAGAAUAUCGAACUGUUCGUCGACGUUGUUCGAUCAUAUCGGAGCUGACUUCGACAACGAGGUGUUCCCGAUUUCGGAACGAGAAAUGCUGCGAAUAAAGGAAUUUCUUCAGGAUGAUUUUAGGUACCGACAGCUGUCGCGAUUGUUCGAACAUCGCGAUUCCCUCGUGCGCAGAUUCAUCAUGUUCCUCGCUCGGCCGACGGUCAACGAAUGUCCGUCGUUCAAUGGAUGCGCUCAGCUGGCCGUUCACGACGCCAUCGCUGUCUUUUUUCAAAAGUAUGCGAGGCUCUUCUUACUCGAUGUUUCUUGGACUAUGCCCGGCAAUCCACAAAACAAGGCUGUCUCGGGUCAAGUACAGGCACCGAUAGGAUCCACUGUUGAACCGCUGCCGCCUGUGUAUGUGCUGGUCUGUGAUCCUGCUCAUUACGAUCUGUUACCGUAUCUGCACCAACAGAAAGUGAGGCGCUUUACGAAGCUAUACCGUGAUCCGAAUCAAAUUGGAGCUAGUAUCAUUCCGAUAGAUGUUCACUGGAAUGCACAACGAUUUGCUGUCGAUCUGCAUCUUGGAGCCUAUCAUUCUUGGCUCACGCCAAAACAGCCAGCUCCACCCACGGGCACAUUGUUGUUCUAUUCUGCGCGAAGGGCCGCUUCCUUUGCUCAUGCUCGUGCUGCUGUUUCACGAGUUCUCGAUGACGGAUGUCGCACACUCACCGGGAAAGCGAUUCUUUUGGUUGCGGUUGCUGAGUUGCAGGAUUACUUCAGCGAUGAGGUUGGCGGCUCAUAUCCAUUGUCCUUACUUUUGUCGUUU